AAUGUUUCCAAGAGUCUGGACUCUAAAUCCAAUGUUUUUUUUCCAGUGCGGUGGGUUUUCAGACUCAAAUUUUUGUGUGUUGUUCAUACUUAAUUUAUUUUGGCUGGUUAUUUGUCUCAUAUAUUCUGUAAUCCGUAAGCCAAAAAGUUUAUUUAGUGUCCUCAGAUGUCAGGACGACAGGCACAUCCAUGCUCAAGGCCUUUCACAUUUUCACGGAUUCAAGCCAAGGUAGAUUCUGUUUCAAAAGACCCACUCACCUAUCAGUUCCUGAAAAUUUGUCGCCAUUAUUGGGAUUCGAAACCAGGACCUACCGACCCAGAAGCAGACGUGCCGACCACUGGGCCAACCUGGAUGGCAUUUACUGUAUUUUAGCACCACUGGUUCCAGGAUUCUCUGGAAAUAGAGGAAAACCGCCUUCAAUUGGGCUCAUAUUUACAGUGUUCCGACCGGCAACUUUCGGUGGCGAUGAGAGCCCGCGCCACAAGCGAGAUAUGGUCGAUGCCGGAGCCCAAUUUCCAGCAAAAUCGUGUAUCUCCAUCGGGUUUCAUACGGGAGAUAGGCGGUUAUUGCACCAUGGGAACGUCCGAUCUCAACGGGGGCCGUCAAGACAGCGCGGCCGAUGACGGGAUGAUGGAAGGCAGCCCGACACCUGGGUUUCUCUCUCGAGUUGGAGCUGGCGAUGAUAGGUCGACACUCGACAAAUCACUCCACAUACGUUUACGUCCGCGCCUGCCUGGCACCCAAUCGCCUCACCUCGGCAACGUCUUAAA